GCAAGCUGUGGUAUGCAUCAGCUAGGUUUGGGGAGGGUUAAAAAUAAUCACCUGCAGUUGAAAUGAGACUUGGGAACUAGGAAGUGCUACGGCUCAAGCUUCCUGUAUGAAUAAGUGCAGCUUUCCCACAGCUAUUGCAUAUGUGUAUGGUGACGUGGUUUCCCACCCCCCACCCCACAAAGAUAAUGACAACAUGCUCUUAAUAGGAGGGAGGAGAUUAUUUCUCAGAGUGAGGAGAAAGAAGGUUGGGAGAUGAGUCCUGUUUCAGAUCUGUAAAGUGUAAAGCUUUCAGACACGCGGAGAAGGAAGGAGGGAAAAGAAAGGAAUGCAAUCUUUCCCCGGGCUCUGAGCGUUUGCUGACUAUGACAUGAGUCUUGGAAGCACCGAAGUGCGAGUCGAGCACUUGAAAAGUCAUACUGCUGGGGGCUAAAGCUUUCUCUCCUUUUGCAAGAUCUGGUGGGCCUAAUUGUGUUGAUGGCCUCUGUUGGAGAGAUCUGUUAUCACACCAUGAUGGAUGGAAUUUCAGAAAUUGGAGAAUUAUCCUUGGAACCUUUGAUCCUGUGCAAAUUGUGCCUAUGUGAAUAUUCGCUGGAUAAGAUGACAACUUUGCAAGAUUGCAGCUGCAUCUUUUGUACCGCGUGCCUAAAACAGUACAUGCAGCUGGCAAUUCGUGAAGCAUGCGGCUCUCCCAUCACUUGUCCUGACAUGAUGUGUUUAAACCGUGGGACUCUGCAAGAAACGGAGAUCUCCCAUUUGGUGCCUGUCGAUCAGCUUCACUUAUAUCAGCGACUGAAAUUUGAGAGAGAAGUCCACCUGGAUCCACUCAGAGCCUGGUGCCCUUCUGCUGACUGUCAGACUGUGUGCCAAAUUGAACCCAGUGAAUCUGGACUACCAGUGCCUGUAAACUGCCCAUCUUGCCAUUUGACGUUUUGUUCAUCAUGCAAAGAACCUUGGCAUCUGGAGAGAUCCUGUCUGGAAAGCCAUCUUAUUGUGGUACCAAAUGAACAAGGAUCACUUAUCAAGACUGACACAGAAGCGCCAAUUAAGCAGUGCCCAGUCUGCCGGAUCUACAUUGAGCGAAAUGAAGGCUGCGCUCAAAUGAUGUGUAAGAAUUGCAAGCAUACCUUUUGCUGGUACUGUCUACAAAACUUGGAUAAUGAUAUCUUCUUAAGACAUUAUGACAAGGGCCCAUGCCGAAACAAACUGGGCCACUCCCGUGCCUCGGUUAUGUGGAACAGAACACAGGUUGUUGGGAUUCUCGUGGGCCUUGGUAUCAUUGCCCUGGUGACAUCUCCCUUGCUGCUCUUAGCUUCGCCCUGCAUCAUCUGUUGUGUCUGCAAAUCCUGCCGAGGCAAGAAGAAAAAACAUGAUCCACUGACAACCUAAAGUUCUCCGUCUGUCGGGCGUGAAUGUCUGCCUAGCACACGCGAGGAAAGAGACAUGAAAACUGAUUAAUGGUACCAGUGUGUUAUCAAAUGAUUUCCCCUUCUUUGCCAACUUUUGUGCAAGCAAAGUGCCUACAGUUUCACAGGACACUGUAUUAGUUGGAAGUUGCAGUUCAUCAAUGGAUUGGGCAGCUGCGUGUGCUGGAUCCAGGUUUUUUUUUAAAAAAAGAAGUAGGGCUUGCAAAAUAUUUUAAUACUCUUCAAAGCAACUUUGCUCUUAAAUCUCCCCGAAGUCUGCAGAUGAAGUUCUCUCCCCCACCCUCAAGCCAAGACUCUGAAUGUAUAUUGUUUUUUGAGCACUUUAAUUUUGCGUCCUCUGAAGUAGUCUUAUUUUUAAGGUAUAGGAAUACAGGUGAGCUAUCUAGACCUAUUUUACAGAUUUAUUUGGAUGGUGUGGCGUCUUUUGCUAUGAACAGCUUGUUUCCUGGCGAUUGAUAGUUUUGUUUAAUUUGAUGGGGGGGGGAUGUAUUGAAUAAUAUGUUUGGGAUCUUGACAAUAUGCAUUUGUUAAAAAAAACCCAGUUAAAAGUCUGUACCAGCAGCGAAAAGUGCUUGGAACUGGUAUCUGCACUAGUGCAACUUUGCCAACCAUGACCGUAAGCUGUUGGAGGAAUGCAGCAUUCAAUAAACCAAGCAAAUAA